UGACUGCUUUUGCAGGACCCCAUGCCUGAAGAAGAUGGCGAGAGACCCCCCACCGAGCCGAAACCUCCACCCCCUCCCCCACCUCCUGCCCUCUCUCCCCCCGUUCCACCGGUGCUAGCGAAAAGCAAGUUCUUUAAGACGGUGGCAGAGAACAGCGACCCGUCGGUGGCAGGAUGCAAAGAGUUAAAGCGGAUGAUUAGAAACAGACAGGGCCGAUUCAGCCAGGAGUUAAAAUGGCUUCUGUACAACAAGGAUGUGCCGUCCCUGAUACAGGAAGGACCCCAGUGCGGACUGGUGGCUCUCUGGAUGGCAGGGAAGCUAUUGGACGUUGCACAGGAAGUGCCCCUGGACACAGUCGUUAAUUUUGCUGUUUCGAAGGGGUUCACAGCCCAGGGGGAGAUGUUUUCAGCGGCUAACGUGGCCCGUCUGGCAGAAGAAGUCUUUGGCUGCCGUUGCCGGCUUCUCACCGGGGGAAUGGAGGGAGAGAACAGAACCCGAAUCUUGAAGCAGCUGACCGCCGGCCUUCCGAUACUCAUACCAUACGACGAGGACUUUAAUCACGAGCCGUGUCAGCGAAGCGGCCAUCGCGCUCAUUGGGCAGUCAUAUCAGGUGUCCUGGUCGGGAUGAAGAACGGAUCCUUUGAACCUGAUCCCGAGGUCCCCGGAUUGUAUCACCCGACGUCGGACUUGCGCGCUUUGGAGCCCGGAGACAUUCUGGAGACGUACCUGGUAGCCAAGCAGGGCAAGAGCGUCCGGUACCAGCUGUGGGACUACGAGUCCGUGAGUAGGAGUAACGGUCAGCUUACGCAGCUCGACCCCAAAAGAGCCAGCGACGGCAGCGUGUACGUGGUACCCGAGGGGGGCGUAAGGGCCGGGCUGUGCGGGCAGACCGUCCUCCUGCAACCCAGAGAGGCCUGAGGAUAAAAUCAGUGGAGUGCUUUUGGGGAUCCUCCACCAAACCCCCAAAUCCUCGUGUGUGAUCCAGAACAAUCCAGAAAAGAAAAA